GCCCGGAGCGGAGCCGGACGGGCGAGGCCGGAGACAGCCAUGGUGCGCGGGGGCCUGGAGAAGACGGCGCGGCUGCAGCGGAACGCGGCCAACAUCAGGAACGUCUGCGUGCUGGCGCACGUGGACCACGGCAAAACGACUCUGGUUGACUGUCUCAUAUCCAGCAAUGGCAUCAUCUCCAGCCGCCUGGCAGGCAAGCUGCGGUACAUGGACAGCAGGGAGGACGAGCAGAGCCGCGGCAUCACCAUGAAGUCCAGCGCCAUCUCCCUGCACUACGCGCACGGCCCUGAGGAGUACCUCAUCAACCUCAUCGACUCCCCAGGACACGUGGACUUCUCCUCUGAGGUGUCCACGGCGGUCCGCAUCUGUGACGGCUGCAUCGUGGUGGUGGACGCUGUGGAAGGAGUGUGCCCACAGACACAGGCGGUGCUGCGGCAAGCCUGGCUGGAGAAUAUCCGUCCCGUCCUAGUGAUAAAUAAGAUUGAUCGCUUGAUCGUCGAGCUGAAGUUCACCCCGCAGGAGGCCUAUUCUCACCUCAAGAAUAUUCUAGAACAGAUUAAUGCACUCACGGGAACUCUUUUUACUUCUAAAGUCCUAGAAGAAAGAGCAGAGAGAGAGACUGAAGCCCAGGGCCGCCCCCACGCCGAGCCGGGGGAGCGGGUGUAUGACUGGAGCGCGGGCCUGGAGGACGAGGACGACUCCCACCUGUACUUCUGCCCUGACCGGGGCAACGUGGUGUUCGCCAGCGCCAUCGACGGCUGGGGCUUUGGGAUUGAGCACUUUGCCAGCAUCUAUAGCCAGAAAAUCGGCAUCAAGAAGGAAGUCCUGAUGAGGACCUUGUGGGGCGACUAUUACAUUAACUCGAAGGCUAAGAAGAUCAUGAAGGUGGAUCAGGCCAAAGGGAAGAAGCCUUUAUUUGUGCAGUUGAUCCUGGAAAAUCUAUGGAGUCUGUACGAUGCUGUCCUAACCAAGGACAAAGAGAAGAUUGACAAGAUAGUGACUUCUUUGGGGUUGAAAAUCGGAGCCCGGGAGGUGCGACAUUCAGACCCCAAAGUCCAGAUCAGCGCCAUCUGCCGCCAGUGGCUGCCUGUGUCCCAGGCAGUGCUGACGAUGGUGUGUCAGAAGCUGCCCAGCCCCCUGGACAUGACGGCGGAGAGGGCGGAGAGGCUGAUGUGCUCAGGAUCGCAGACAUUUGACUCUCUCCCGCCAGAAACCCAGGCGCUGAAAGCAGCGUUUUUGAGCUGCGGGAGCGAGGACGCUGCUCCGGUUAUCAUCUUCGUGUCCAAGAUGUUUGCCGUCGACACCAAGGCUUUGCCUCAGAAUAAGCCGAGGCCCCUUACUCAAGAGGAGCUCACUGAGCGGCGUGAGCGCGCCCGACAAAGGCACGCAGAGAGGCUAGCGGCAGCGCAGGGGCAGGCGCCCCAGGGCCCCACCGAGGACGAGGGUGCCCCAGAAACCAGCCCCGAGGGAGAGGAGCCGAAAGGGGAGGAUCCCCGUGAGGAAAGCCAGGCCCCCAGCCCCGGGCCCCCGGCAGGAGACGGCCAGGAGGCGUUCAUGGCCUUCGCACGCGUGUUCAGCGGCGUGGCUCGCCGGGGCAGCCGCGUCUUUGUCCUGGGGCCCAAGUACAACCCCGCUGAGUUCCUGCGGCGGGUCCCCGAGGGCUUCUCUGCCCCCCCGGAUGGCCUGCCCCCCGUCCCCCACCUGGCCUGCUGCACGCUGGAGAACCUCUACCUGCUGAUGGGCCGGGAGCUGGAGCAGCUGGAGGAGGUGCCUCCGGGAAACGUGCUGGGGAUCGGUGGCCUGCAGGACCUGGUGCUCAAGUCCGCAACGCUGUGCAGCCUCCCGUCCUGCCCGCCCUUCGUGCCGCUCAGCUUUGACGCCACUCCUAUCGUCAGGGUCGCCGUGGAGCCCAAACACCCAAGUGAAAUGCCGCAGCUCGUCAGAGGAAUGAGGCUGCUGAACCAGGCCGACCCCUGCGUGCAGGUCCUCAUCCAGGAGACGGGGGAGCACGUGCUGGUCACGGCCGGCGAGGUCCACCUCCAGCGCUGCCUGGACGACCUGACGGAAAGGUUUGCGAAGAUCCAGAUCAGUGUCUCAGAACCCAUCAUCCCGUUCCGAGAGACCAUCACGAGGCCCCCCAUGGUCGACAUGGUCAACGAGGAGAUCGGCAGGCAGCAGAAAGUGGCCAUCAUCCACCAGGCCAGAGACGGCCAGAGCAAGGUCCCCGAGGGGGCCCACGUCGACCCUGACGGGCUGGUCACCCUCUCAACCCCCAACAAGCUGGCCACGCUCAGCGUCCGAGCCCUGCCCCUGCCGGAGGAGGCCACGCGGCUCCUGGAGGAGAGCAGCGACGUGCUCCGCUCCCUGGAGCAGCUGGCGUCCGCGCCGAGCGAGGACCCCCGUGAGCAGGCCGCCCACCAGAAGGCCCGCGAGCGGGUAUGGGAGCUCAGGCGGCAGCUGGAGCAGCACCUGACAGGGAGAAGGUGGAGGGACACCGUCGCCCACAUCUGGUCCUUCGGCCCGAGGAAGUGCGGGCCGAAUAUCCUGGUCAGCAGGAGCGAGGGCUUCCAGGGCUCCGUGUGGACUGGCCUCGCGGGCGGCACGCCGGGGGAGGGCAGCUGCUUCCGGGACGUGGGCAACAGCCUGGUGAGCGGCUUCCAGCUGGCCACGCUCUCGGGCCCCCUGUGUGAGGAGCCACUCAUGGGGGUCUGCUUCAUCCUGGAGAAGUGCGACCUGAGCAGACUGGAGGAGCCGGGAGCCAGCAAGACGCAGGACCCGGGGCCCGGGGGGCAGGAGGGCAGCCCGGUGCCUGGCGCCAGGACUGCGGACCCGAGAGGCGACCUCCCGCUGCCCGACUGCUACGGGCCCCUCUCGGGACAGCUGAUGGCCACCAUGAAGGAUGCGUGCCGCGCCGCGCUGCAGGUGAAGCCCCAGCGUCUGAUGGCCGCCAUGUACACGUGCGACAUCAUGGCCACCGGGGACGUGCUGGGCCGGGUCUACGCCGUCCUGUCCAGGCGGGAAGGGCGCGUGCUGCACGAGGAGAUGAAGGAGGGCACGGACGUGUUCAUCAUCCAGGCCGUGCUGCCCGUGGCCGAGAGCUUCGGCUUUGCCGACGAGAUCCGCAAGAAGACGAGCGGCCUGGCCAGCCCGCAGCUGGUGUUCAGCCACUGGGAGGUCAUCCCCAGCGACCCCUUCUGGGUGCCGACCACGGAGGAGGAGUACCUGCACUUCGGGGAGAAGGCCGACUCCGAGAACCAGGCCCGCAAGUACAUGAACGCCGUGCGCAGGCGCAAGGGCCUGUCGGUGGAGGAGAAGCUGGUGCAGCACGCGGAGAAACAGCGCACCCUGGGCCGGAACAAGUAGCCGCCGCCUGCACGUGCCCUCCCCCGCCCCGGGCCGCUGCUGGGCUUUCCCGCAGCCACUUGGACGUGGGGCGCCGGCACCUGCCCCGCGCUCUGUUAAAGUGUCAGCCCCCACGCUCGGCCUCCUUGGCUCUGUUCUUGGUCUCACCGCGGGGUGUCAGCGAGCGCGCCGGGCUCGCGUCCCUGCACGCGUUUCUCCUGUGCUUCCUGACACCCCUCCUGGCAGCCCAGGCCCCAUGAGCUGAGCCGGGGGCUCCCGGGUAGUGGAUGCCCCCUCCCCUCUGGCCAUUCCAGAGCUGGGACUGCUGCCUUCUGGCCAGAUGCUGUGCUCACAGCAGGAAUCUUGGGGCGCAUCUGCUUGGGGUGAGGGGAGAGCCUGUCCCCUCCCAGGGCCUGGGGAGAAGGUGCAGUGUGGAGACCCCAGGACAUGAGGCUGUUGGUUUGGCGGCUCUGCCCCCGGGGGACAACACGCCUGCAGAGGGACACCCCACGGGCACCCCGCCCCUGGCAGGGUCCCCGGCCACUCCGGCACUGCCACCUCAGGAGCUUGUGGCUCAGCUGCUGAGCGACUGGCCGUGGUGUGCACGCGCUGCUGUGUGUGUGUGCAUGAGGGUGUGUGCUGCAGCUGCGCGUGUGUACUGCUUGUGCACCGUGGGUGUGCAUUUGGUCGCUCACCUUGGGGCCCUGUAAGCCCUUCCCUCCCUUCCGAUCACCCCCGCUCGCCGCUGUCUCCCCGCCCUCUUCCCAGCUCUGUUCCCGGGGAGGUGCCCCCACCCCCAGCCCAGGGCCCGGCCUGCCCUGCAGCCCUAGUACUGACCACUGUCUGCCGUCCCUCCUGGCUGGGGCACACACCAUCACUGAGGUGCCUGGUCUUGGCAUCAAUGCCCACUUCUCAUGUAGGACCCUGGGGGGGUCAGCGGGGUCAGAGGGUG